AUGACCAACAAGGCCCCAUCACUGGGCCCAAGUCACCUGCCUUCAGCUCCUGCUGCCCUCACCCCCACCUGCUGUACCCUUGCCACACUGGACUACUUGCUGCUCCCAGACCAGGCCGCUUGCCCUUCCUCCUGCAAUGCUUUUGAUCCUGUUCAAAACUUACCUCUGCACUGCCGGGAAAAGAAAAAGCAAGCAAAAGCAAAGCCAUCCAGCGUGACAGGUGGAAUUAAACCAGAUGAAAGCUCCCUUCACAGACGCGGGGAGCACUGUGGUCCAAAGCCAUGUGGCCCAGAGCAGAAGCCUGGGGGAUGCAGACGGACCGGAAGAGCGCCGGGACCCGCCGACACCGGGCUGUCACACCCGCGCCGGCCUCCCGCGCACGCCGCCCCGCCCGCUCCGCCAGAGGGCCCGGCUCCGCCCCAGGCCCCGCGGCCGGGCCACGCCAGGGGAGUCGCCGGCCGCCGAGGGACGAGACGAGCGCAGCCUCCGGGGUCGGCCCGCGCCUGUGAAACCCUCACCUGCGUCCACCCUCCCGCUCUGCCCGCGACUGAGCGCGCCGUCGCCCUGACGGUCCUCCAGCGCGACGCGCCGGGCCGCCUCCGGGCGGAUCCGACGGAGCAAAGAUGCGGGGCGGGCAGUGCGCCGGAAGUGCGCCGGUCGCCAUCUUGGCGUACGGCGGGGCGCAGCGCGGAGAACACGCCGGCGCUGUCUGUUCCCGGGCGGCCUGAGUCGUUCGCUCCGAGGGCUGCAGCAGACCGUCGGGGCAGCGGAAGCAAACCCAGGGGCAGGCUCCUCAGCUUGCUUUUUGCCCAUGGCCACGGGCGAGGCCAUCUUGCUUUACGGACCGAUUUGGUGCGCCACGACCCUGCACCGAGCCGCGGGCACCCGAGCCCAUCUGCGCUGCUGCGACCCCCAGGCUACGCCCCACUGGGUGCCGGGGACUUGGUGAGUGCCGAAGUCCGAGGGUUGACCCGGCGGGCGGGCGCCGCGGGGACCCGCUCCCACGUCCCGCAGCCGUGUCGCCGCGUGUCCUCCCUUCGGGGCGGUCCCGCUCGGGGCUUGGGGCGGCCAUGCGAGUGGCGGAGCUUGGUGGCUGUGCGACAGCUCGAGGCCGGGGAUCGUGAUCCGCCGCCGGCCGCAAAGUCCUCCCACCGGCCGGGCAAGGGGGAGAAGUCGCCGUCUCCAUCCACAGGUUCCCCCUCAAAGACUCAAAAUGUCUGAUCCAGUGGUUAAAAGCUGUUCAGAGGGGUAAUUGCACCCCCACUAAGUAUUCUUGCCUCUGUAGUGAACAUUUCACCGGAAACAGCUUCUCCAAAAGGCUCAGGGUCAGUCCUGCAUGCUGAAACCACAGCCCUGCCCUUCGUCUUUAACCUGACUGGGAAGAUGGGGCCUGGAAGCCAUGGCCACCCCAAGAGAAAGGACACCAGGAAGGCCACGGGGGGCCCGAGGGAACAUGCGAGUGAAGCAGAAAAGAAAUGAGCUGCAGGUUCACUGUCGUCCUUGAGUGAAAACCUGAGGGCUGGCCGAGCCCAAGUCCUGCAGGUUGAGGGAGCCGCUCUGCAGGGGGAAACCGCACCCGGGGCUGCCUAGGAAGCCACCCGUCAGGAGUGGGUGUGCAGGCUCUGGAAGGAACUCCAGGAGACGGUGUGGCCGCCACAGUGUCAGGCAGCCGGGCAGAAGCAAACACGUCUGCUGUAGAUGCUGGCGAUGAGACCCACUUCCCCCGCUGGGGGCCUGCUAGGUAGAAGUGGCAUUUCCGUGGGGGACUUUACCCCCAGGAUUGGAGCGUGCAGAUUUAUUGGGUCAUUUCAUUCUCAGAGGUUCUCCCCUAAGCACACUCGAGAGGGGCCAUCUGUUCACUGAGAGCCUGUCUAGCAAAGGACCUGCAGGGAGACGUGAAGCCCGGCUGCAGCAGGACCAGCCUGGACUCAACAAGGGCUUGGUCUGGAGCCCCCAAGUUCUCAUUCACGGCGAUGCCUCAGAAGCUGUCCCAGAGCCCCUCCGCACCUCCAACAGGUGUCACCCCAAAGCCAGCGGUGGAAGCUGUGAGAGUGAGCACAGUGACACCAGCCACACGUCCCUCAACAGGGUCAUCCCGUCAGCAUCAGGGGCCCGAGGACUCCUCGACCUGCUGCUUCGCCUCCCGGCAGAACAAGAGCAGGGGUACUGCCUGCAGGAGCAGGUAGAGAAGAACGGCGAGCUGGAGACCCUGCAGCAGAGGGGCAGCCAUCCCGACAGCCAGGCACACACGCUGCAGAAGCUGGAUGAGCUGAGGAGAGUGGGCUUCCCCUCGCUGAGCAGCCUGCUGGCCCCCAACCCAGUGGGUGUCUUUCAGCUUUCAGGAACAACCAUUUCAGCCUCUCUUCCUGUAAGUGCUCAAAGGGGACCAGUUCCUGUGUCCUACAUCCCAGCUCCUCACCUUGCGCUCCCCAGCUCAAGACGGUCUGAUCUUAGUUCUGUGUUCUUACUUUCCCCAUCAGGCAACUAUGAUUAGAUGAGUGGAAUCUUGCACCAGUCCAUCGGGAAUCGCCUGACGAGCACUGGGUAUGUCAUCUGCCUGAGAGAGCCCUGCCAUCCCCUAAAGGAAGGUAACCUUGCAAUAACCAACCUGCUUUCUUGUCCAGUGUAACUUCCUUGCUCCUGCUCCCUUCUGCCUAUAAAAGUCUUUCAUUUGUACAGCUCCUUGGAGCUCCUUUCUCUCUGCUAGAUUGGAUGCUGCCCGAUUCAUGAAUUGUUGACUAAAGCCAAUAUGAUAUUUCAAA